AUGGCCACAUUAACGGCCUCACCGUCUAAUGUGCAAAGACAUGAACCAAUACAUCGUGCACCUCAUCAACGUAGUAUUAUGCCGUUGCGACGUGAAAGAACAACAGUGGGCUAUGAAAAUCCUCAGAAUUCUUCUGGGUUGCCCACAAAAGCAUCCUUGAACUAUAUGUUUUCUGGUGAAAAACACUACGAUCGACGACAAUCACAGCCUGCUCGAUCUGCAAAAUCAAAUGAGAUUUUCAGUUUGAUCGAUCGCAAACUUCAAACUGGUUUGCGUGGUGUAAGACACAUGUUUCGCUCACAUGAUCCAUAUGGUCGUUUUGGUCAAUUAUCAAAGGAAGCGUUCCAUCGCGUUUUAGUGCAAUUGUGUGGUUACAUAAACACAGAUGAAUGGAUCAAAGUAUGUAAAAUGUUUCAUUUGGAUGAGCGUGGAGAUACAAUUACAUUCGAAGAAUUUCUAUCGUACUUUCCUGAAAACGAGAAAGUAAAACGUGAACUAGCAUUAUCACAGACAGACCGUAGUCUAGCAGAAUUAGUUAGUCUUAAUAAAAAUGUUAAUGAACAUGAACAACGACAAAAACGUUUUUUACCAAAAUUAACAGCAACUUAUUGUCUCUUUUUAAUGAAAAAUAAAUGCAAAGAUCCUUCAUUUAAUCCAAUUGAUUACAUACCAAAUGAAUGUUUGAACGGCGGUGUUAUAUUACCCGAUCAUCUAAAAUUGAUCUUAGAAAACUUUCAAUUAGAUGAUUUAUUAUUGAAUAAUGCUGAAGAAUUUCAAAAAUUAUGGUCAAAAUUUGAUUUAGAUAAUAUUGGUCAUGUUAAAACAAAUGUAUUUUUACGAAUGUUAGAUUACAAAUCAAAUUUAGCUGAUGAACUUGAUCGGGAUAUAAAACGAUUACUAAUGAGAAGUUGUGUGAUUGAUAAAACAACAAGAUUAAGUAGAAACAGAAGUACAAGGUCAUCUCAUAUUAAACCGACCAAUCUUUCUCGAGAGAACACAAUGCCACCGUCAUCUGCCAUUGAUCAUCCAUCACCUCGAAAAUAUGAUGAUCACUUUAACAAUACGACUACUACUAUCACUAACAACAAUAAUAAUAAUAAUGAUGAUGAUGAAUCGACAGAAAUAAAACAGAUUGUUCAAGAACCGAAUAUUAACAAGGAAAAUACGAGUGAAUCAGCUCCAAGAAUAUUGAGUACGCAAUUUCGUACAAUCGUUCAAAGACAUCGAAAUAUGAUCAAACAAUUGAAUGACAAUGAUGAAUUCUUACCGUAUCUUGAUCGAAAAGUAAAUGAAGGAUAUUUUUGCUUAAAAACAGUAUUUGAUUAUUUGGAUACAGACAAAACUGGUUUUAUCACGAAUGAACUAUUUGUUGCUGCAUUAAAUGAAUUUGACAUACCAAUAUCACACAAUAAUUUGGAUCGUUUUCUACGGAAACAUCACUGUUUACCAAAUAGUUGUACAGACAACAAGAUCGAUUAUAAUGUAUUUUUAAAACAUUUUCAAGAUCGUUCUGAUUCAAGUUUUCUUGCUCAAACAAUAAAGUCAUUUAGUAAACAUCGAUCAAUAAUGAAUUCUGAAUAUAGUUCUAUAGAACAUGCUUUAAUCGAUUUAAUGCAUAGAUUAUUUUUAUCAUUGACAGCUGCAUUUAAAUGUUUAUCAAAUAAUAUCGAUGAUUUGUGUUCAGAAAAAGACUUUUAUACAAUAAUUAAACAAGAAUUAAACAUUAAUGAGAAAUAUGUUUUUAAUAUUAAACAAAAAGGUGAAAUAUGUAGUGUACUCGACUGGAGUACUGAUAUGAAAGAAAUGCCAUAUAAACGACUUUUACAUUAUCUUAGUAAACCAAUGACGUCAAAAGAUCGAUUAUCAAAUAAACGUUUUAUUCCUAUUGAAAAACAUCGAUCUCAACCUGUUGGAGAUUUAGAUGACAUGAACAAUACUAAAUCGCCAAGAAAAUUAGUUGAUGUUGAAAAAAUUCUCAAUGAUUUAGUUCGUUUACGAAUGCAUACAUUCACAAAAGCUUUCUCUCAAAUCGAUAAACCAAGAACCGAAAUGAUAAAUAAAGAACAAUUUUUUGUUGUAUUAAAAAAAAUGUCUACUGAUUUGACUAAAGCCGAAGUCGAUAUGAUUUGGUUAUCCAGUGGUUUUGAUCCAAAUAAAUCAGUAUUAUUUCCAAAUUUAAUCCGACAAUUGAUUAUGUUCAAUGGUAUUGAUCGACAAAAAAUGUUUGAUAAAAUGAAACAUCAAAAUUCAUCACAAAAUCGAUUAUCGACAGCUACUACACAGUCAACACCAUCAUCAUCGUCUGCAACAAGUGAUUCAACAAUAAAAUAUACUGAUAUUGAUUACUAUGAUGUAUACAAUCGUAUACUUCCACACAGUAUUUUUCAACGUUAUGUUAUACCCGUAACUGAAGAAGAAUUGGGAGUUUUAGCUCGAAAAGAUAAUCCAAAUAAUUCAUCCAAAAUCCAUUAUCCAUUUUUUAUCAGAAAAUAUCGUCCAAAUGCUAACACAUUUAAAAAUAAAAGUCCAUGGGCAGUUGUACAUCCUGUUUAUGAACAGUUAAUUAACAAAUAUCAUAUGAAGAGUCCAUCAAAGGAAAUCUAUGAUCAACGCAUACAGAGUCCAAAAGAUUUAAAGUAUAUAAUACGAUUAUUUUUAUCGUAUGACAAAAAUAGAAAAGGCUAUUUGACUAAUGAAGAAUUUCAUCAACUAUUAACUGAUAAUGAUAUUCAUUUGUCCUCAACAGAUGAGGCCUAUUAUCAAUUAUUUAGUGUAUAUGAUAAAAAGUUGAAAGAUCAAUUUAAUUACAAAGAUUUAUUUCACACAUUCAUUGACACAAUUAUCUCCUAUUAG